AUGACUAGUCUCGAGGCUCCGAACAAAUUCGCUGAGCUCGGGCCCGAAAAAGAAAUCCGUUUCGAAACUUCGGUAGACUAUGAGAGUUCUGAAUAUAAAUACGCUUCAUAUCUACCCCACUAUACUCCUGGGAAGCAACCGCCUCUUGAGGAGUUUGCGCACCAAGAUGUAGGACUGCGAGCAGACCCGGAAAAGAGAUCUCUGCUCACAUCUCCCGGAGCAAUCUUUGAGGAGAUUACACCAGCAAUCGGCACGGAAGUGCGGGGUCUGCAGCUGAGUGCUCUGAAUAGCCAGCAACGAGACGAGUUGGCCUUGCUCGCCGCUGAACGCGGAGUCCUCGUCUUCAAGGACCAGGACUUUCCAGACAUUGGACCUGAGCGACAGAGAGAGUUUGGAUCACACUUCGGGCCCCUGCAUAUACACCAGCACGGGGGACAGAUCAAGGGCUAUCCGGAACUCUUGCCUGUCUACCGGGACUUCAAGAGUGGAGCUGUUGAUAACGAAAUCAAGAAUAAUGUGAGCAGCAUUAAAUGGCAUACUGACAUGAGUUACGAAAUUAACGGCAUGGGCACGACCAUUUUCUUUCCUUUCGAGACCCCCAAGUCGGGAGGCGACACUCUAUACCUCUCCACCACGGCGGCGUACAAUAGUCUGUCCAAUGGCUAUCGUCAGCGCUUACACGGUCUGUACGCGACACACUCAGGAUUUGAUCAAGCACAAGUCGCAGAUCAUAAAGAGAGAUACAUCAGAGAGCCAAUCGAAACUGUGCACCCAAUUGUACGAACACAUCCUGUGACGAAAGAAAACUCCCUUUACGUAAACAGGCUGUAUACACGCAGGAUUCAGGGCUACAAAGAAGAAGAGAGCGCUAAUAUUCUCAACUUCCUUUACAACCAUAUUGAACAUGGCCAAGACUGGCAUAUUCGUAUUCAUUGGACCCCAGGUACAGUAGUGGUCUAUGACAACCGAAACACCCAGCACUCUGCAUUACGAGAUUUCAAUGUUAAAGAGCACGAGACGAAGCGCCAUAUGCUUCGAAUCACCCCCCAGGCUGAGCGACCGUACUUUGACCCUAAUGCGGAGCCAAAUAUCAACGCGUCGUAUGCUGCAAAAGGACAUCUUGGCACCGAAUAG